AUGGCCAUCAGCUCGGGCGGACCUCGGGCUGCAGGUGUGUUUGUUUUGUCUCCUGUGCAGCAUAAGGCUCGAGUGGAGGCCAUGCUGCUGGACCUGGCCUCUCUGAGGAGCGUGAGGGAGUUCGCUGAGGAGUUCAAGGCCAAGAAGCUGCCCCUGCACAUCCUGGUGUGUAACGCGGCGGUGUUCGGUCAGUCCUGGCGCCUGACGGAGGACGGGCUGGAGUCCACCUUCCAGGUGUGUCACCUGGGCCACUUCUACCUGCUGCAGCUGCUGCAGGACACGCUCAAGCGCUCCGCCCCCGCACGCGUCGUGGUGGUGUCGUCCGAGUCACACAGGUUCACGGAGCUGUUGGACUCGAGCGGUAAACUGGAUCUGGGCCUGAUCUCGCCAGCGCAGAAGGAGUACUGGUCCAUGCUGGCGUACAACCGGGCCAAGCUGUGCAACCUGCUCUUCUCCGCCGAGCUGCACCGCCGCCUCUCACCGCACGGUGUCACCUGCAACGCCGUGCACCCCGGCAACAUGAUGUACACGAGCAUCCACCGCGGCUGGUGGCUCAUGACCCUGCUGUUCACCCUUGCCCGGCCCUUCACCAAGUCCAUGGUAGGAGUGCGAUAGCACACACACACACACACACACACACACACACACACACAC